CGCUUUAAAAUGGCGGAGAAUUUGGCAAGAAUAAUUGGUACGGAGGAAGACCGUGUCAACUGUCCUUUUUACUGGAAGAUUGGUGCUUGUCGUCAUGGAGAUCAAUGCAGUCGUGCACAUUACAAGCCUUCCGCGGCGCAAACCCUUGUAAUUCGUCACAUGUAUCAGAAUCCUCCUGUUGCUAUUGCUAUUGCUGAAGGUCAGAUGAUUUCUGAUGAGCUUUUGGAUAAGGCUGCUGACCACUUUGAAGAGUUUUACGAGGAAGUUUUUUUAGAGCUUAUGAAAUAUGGAGAGAUUGAGGACAUGGUUGUUUGUGAUAACAUUGGUGACCACAUCAUCGGAAAUGUCUAUGUCAAGUAUAGGGAUGAAAACAGUGCUGCACAUGCCAUAUCUAUGUUAUCGGGGAGAUUUUAUGGAGGCAAGCCUAUCCAGUGUGAAUAUACACCUGUAACGGAUUUUCGGGAGGCUCGUUGCCGUCAAUUUGUGGAAGGGCAAUGUCGUCGUGGAGGAUAUUGCAAUUUUAUGCAUAUUAAGCACGUACCACGUUCAGUGCGUCGUAAGUUGGAUGAACGCAUGUAUGCUGAAUUUCCCGAAUAUAAAAAGCGCGCCUUACGUUCAUCUGAAAGGAGUGGCAGUUACGAGCGACCCAAGCGUCAGACCAGCCAGGAGCGUCGCAACAUGAUCGAGAUGUGGAAUAGGGAGCGUGAUGCCAGGGAGAACGCCAAUUAAA